AAUAAUAAUAAUAAGAAGAAAAUAAUUACCAACCUCGCCCCGAAAACAGCUCUUCAAAACUUCUGAUACAGAGAGAUACUUCUCCACUAAUACAUCAAAUAUUCUACUAAUACUUGCCGACCUGUUUGUGGAAUCUGUUCUGAACCAGGAGGAGAAAUGGCAGAGGCUAUUGUGUCCUUAGCUAUUGAAAGAAUUUUAGAUUUACUCAUCCAUGAAGCUGUUUUCCUCAAAGAUGUAAAAGAUCAAGUUGAGAGCCUAAACGCUGAACUUAAGCGAAUGCAGUGUUUCUUGAAGGACGCGGAUCGCAAGCUUGAACAAGAUGCGCGUUUCCAGAAUCGGGUGUCGGAAAUCAGAGAUCUUGCUUAUGAUGCUGAAGAUGUCAUCGACUCUUUUAUUCUUAAAGCAGCACAUCAACGAGGUUUUCAUGGGAUUGUCAAGAGAUUCACCUCCAUUUUCACCAAACCUUCUCAUCUGCACAAAAUCGGGGUGCAGGUCAAAGCAAUCCAGACCAAGCUCCAAAAUAUUUCCAAGAAUCUUCCAGCUUAUGAGAUAUCCGGUGAUGGAGAAGGCUCUAGCUCAAUUAUCAAGGUGCAGCAACGGUUAAGGACAUACUCACAUGUCGAGGAAGAGGACGUUGUUAGCUUGGAGGUUAGCACGAAGGAUGUCAUGACCAUGUUGAUGACUGAAGAAGAUAGACUCCAUGCCGUCGUUUCCAUAGUCGGCAUGGGGGGCAUCGGUAAGACUACUCUUGCCAGAAAAGUAUAUAAUCAUGUUGAGGUUAGACACCAUUUUGAUUGCUUGGCUUGGGUUUAUAUAUCUCAACAAUGUAAGCCUAGAGAAGUUUUGCUUAGUGUCUUGAUGGAAGUUCUCUCUCCUUCUAAAGAUGAAAGAGAGCUAAUUGAGAAACUGGACGAGAAUGAGCUGUGGAAAAGGUUUUUUGAUGCUUUGAAAGAAAAGCGGAAUUUGGUAGUCCUCGAUGAUAUCUGGAGAGGCGGGGAUUGGGAUAUUCUUAAACCUGCUUUUCCACGAGGAAGAAUGGGAAGCAAAAUAUUGUUCACUACACGCAACAGGAAUGUGGCUUUACAUGCCGAUCCCUGCAACACUCCCAUGGAGCUCUCACCUCUUACAGAUGAUGAAAGUUGGAUUCUUUUGAGUAGGAAAGCAUUCCCCCUAAACAAGACAGACUCUCAUAUCCGCUCUGAAGAAUUUGAGAAACUCGGAAGAGAGAUGGUGAAAAAAUGCGGAGGUCUACCUUUAGCGAUUAUUGUCUUGGGAAGCUUGCUAGCAAGAAAACAAUCAUUGGACGACUGGGAGAAGGUUAACAGAAACUUUUUCUAUGGAAACUUAAAAGGGCUCCAACAACUUGAUCAUCAAUAUGGUGCAGUGAACAGGAUUUUGGUUUUAAGCUACAAUGAUUUGCCUUAUCAGUUAAAACCAUGCUUUCUGUAUCUUCCUCAUUAUCCAGAAGAUUGGGAGAUAUCGAAAAAAGAGCUCAUUCGAUUAUGGAUCGCUGAAGGUUUCAUUUCACCAUUAUUGGGAAGCGAAGAAAUCUUGAUGGAGGAUGUAGGCGAACAAUUCCUAGAAGAGCUUAUAGAUAGAAGCUUGGUUCAAGUUUGGAGACGAGACUAUACCGGGACAAAAGUGAAAACAUGCCGAAUACAUGAUCUCUUGAGAAACUUGUGCGUGGAGAAAGCAGAAGAGGAGAAUUUCUUAAAAUUUAUUCAACCUUCAUUAAUUGAAAACUCUGAAAAUUCUCUCGAUGUGACCUUGGUAACAUCUAUGCCACGAAGAAUUGCUAUACAUCCUGGCAAAAGGGACGUCCAUUUAAAAGGUGAGCAUCCAAAAUUACGUUCUUUGUUGCUGAAGGGAUGGAUGAUGAGUUUCCAUUUUCCAAAUUUUAGUAACUUUAAACUUUUAAGAGUGUUGAAACUUUCGAGGAAUGUUAGGGAGUGGCAUGUGUCAGGUGAAAUUGGUAAUCUCCAUCAUUUGAGGUAUUUGAGAUUAGAAUGCACUGGGGAAAUGAUCUUGCCAUGUGCUAUUGGAAAGUUGAAGAAUUUACACACUUUGCACCUCCAAUGCCGUAGUGUCAGUGUUCCAGAUGGUGUAUUCAAAUUAGAACGCAUAAGGCAAUUUGUGAUAAAAGUGGGAUCGGUCCUAAAUAUCAAAAGUGGUUUUCUUUUGUGGCGAAGCUUUUCAUUAAAAAAUAUUGAAACUCUGAAGUACAUGUUGGUGGACAAGAAGUUGGUUGAAAAUAAUGAGGUGCUUAAGUUGACUCAUGUUCAGUGUUUAGGAAUAAUAUUUAAGAGUUCAAAAGAUGUUAAGUCUAUCCUACUAUUGAUGAUCAAAUUGGAUCGCCUUAGGUCAUUGUCUAUGAAUUUGUUUGUUGAAAAGUCGAGCUCAUUUUCAUAUCUAGACUUAGAACCUCUUUUUCAGUUUGGUCACCUUUCCGAAUUGAAAUUAGUAGGGCAUUUAAAAGAAGAUCCACAUCAAAGCCAUCAUGUUUUGAAAUUUCUUCCCCGAAGUAUUGUCAAAUUAACUUUACAAUGCUCUACGAUGACUCAAGAUCCAAUGGAAGUGUUGGAAAAUCUGCCUUGUUUGACAAUUCUUAAUUUAUUGAGUUUUGCAUAUGAGGGGAGAAAAAUGGUUUGCUCUGCGAAUGGCUUUUGUCAACUUGACAUUUUUUGUAUAAAUAAAGCAACAAAUUUAGAAGAGUGGGAGAUACAAGAAGGGGCAAUGCCACGUCUCCGAAAUUUGUUUUUGAGCCUGAAUUUUAAACUAGAAAUAUUGCCAGAAGGAUUGAAGUAUAUUAUUACUCUCCAAAAAUUGAUAUUAAGAGUAAUGCCUUCAUCAUUGACAAAAAGGAUUCAAGUGAAAGGUGGAAAAGAAGGAGAGGAUUUCUAUAAAGUGCGCCACAUACCUUCCAUCCAAAUAUCAGAGAGGAUAACAGGUAAGGGUUACUUUUACGUUAAUUCAGAGAUUACUUAUUUGUAAUAUUUUUCUCUCUUAAUUAUCAAACUUUAAAACUGGAUCCUUUGCAUAUCUAUGGCAGAUGAUGUGAAUAAUCAACUAUAUAUCAAUUCAAGUGCUAAUUUAGUGUUUAA